GCCCGGCCGGCCCGGAUGGCAGCACCCCCGCCGGGCCGCCUGGUGCUGACCCACCUGCUCGUGGCGCUCUUCGGCAUGGGCUCCUGGGCCGCGGUGAACGGGAUCUGGGUGGAGCUGCCGGUGGUGGUGAAGGACCUGCCCGAGGGUUGGAGCCUGCCGGCCCACCUCUCCGUGCUCGUGGCCCUGGGCAACCUGGGUCUGCUGGCGGUGACCCUGUGGAGGCGGCUGGCCCGGGGCCGGAGCGAGCGGGCCCUCAUCCGGGUGCAGGGGCUGAGCGUGGCGGGCACGGCCCUGCUGGCCCCGCUGUGGCCCCGCGUGGCCCCCGUGGCCGGGCAGCAGCACUCCGUGGCCUUCCUCGCGCUGGCCGCGGUGCUGGCUCUGGCCUGCUGUGCCUCCAACGUCACCUUCCUGCCCUUCCUGAGCCACCUGCCGCCCGUCUUCCUGCGGUCCUUCUUCCUAGGCCAGGGCCUCGGGGCCCUGCUGCCCUGCGUGCUGGCCCUGGGACAAGGCGUGGGCCGUCUCGAGUGCCCGCCGGCCCCCACCAACGCCACCCCGGGCCCCCCACCCUUCCCGGAGCGUUUUCCCGCCAGCACCUUUUUCUGGGUGUUGGCCGCCCUGCUGGUCACUUCAGCUGCCGCCUUCCAGGGUCUCCUACUGCUGCUGCCCUCCCCGCUCCCCACCUCGGGGGGCCCAGGGCCUGGCCUGCGGGUGGGCGCCCCGGGCAGGGAGGAGGAGGCGGGGGAGGAGGAGGAGGCCUUGCCGCUGCAGGAGCUGCCCGGCCAGGCAGCAGGGGCCACCCCCAGCCCAGAACCCAAGGUCCAGCGGCUGCUCUCUGUCCGCGGCGCCUGCCUGCUGGGCCUGCUGGCCGCCACCAACGCACUGACCAACGGUGUGCUGCCGGCCCUGCAGAGCUUCUCCUGCCUGCCCUAUGGCCGUCUGGCCUACCACCUGGCCGUGGUGCUGGGCAGUGCGGCCAGCCCCCUCGCCUGCUUCCUGGCCAUGGGCGUACUGUGCAGGUCCCUGGCUGGGCUGGGCGGCCUCUCUCUGCUGGGCCUGCUGCUUGCGGUCUACCUGAUAGUGCUGGCCAUCCUGAGCCCCUGCCCCCCACUGGUGGGCACCUCCGCCGGGGUGGUCAUUGUGGUGCUGGCCUGGGUGCUGUGUCUGGGGAUGUUCUCCUACGUGAAGGUGGCCGCCAGCUCCCUGCUGCAUGGGGGGGGCCGACCAGCCCUGUUGGCGGCCGGCGUGGCCAUCCAGGUGGGCUCCCUGCUGGGCGCGGUGGCCAUGUUCCCCCCGACCAGCGUCUACCAGGUGUUCCACAGCAGGAAGGACUGCGUGGACUCCUGCAGCACCUGAGCUCCGGCCGGCGGCACCUGCACGCUCCGCAGACCCACCGGCGAGGACAGGGCCACGCAAUAAAGCCUUUCCACCCCGUGCCGCUCGUGGGUCCUGGCCGCGCGGGGGGUACCGGACACAGGCCCUGCCUGGAGGGCGCCUGGGCGCCGGCUGCCCCCACUUCCCCUCAUUGUUCUGGCCCCGGGCUCCAGAAUCGUCCUUGGGACUGGGGCUUUGAAGCCUCCUCCCACCUGGGCUGGGGCUCUGUCGGGGCUGGGGACAUCACCCAAAGGCCCAGCCGGCCCAGCCCCGAGGAUGGCGGGCCUCGGCCACCUUGCCGCGGAGGGCCGGGGCUCCAGGGCACCUGUGGUGGUGAGACUGAGGGCGUGGA